UUCCGCCUCUGAGCAACAUUUCUGAACAUGUGCAGUCAGAGUUUUUGUGUAUAAGACGUUACAAGCCACUGGGCACAAUGGAUAAUAACCGAAAGAGGAAUCUAACUUUUGUUACCAUUGGGCUGAUAUUCAUGCUGAGCGGCAUCGAGUAUGCCGUCAUCCUGCCGACAAUAUGGCGGUAUCUGCAGCUUUUGGAGGCCCCUCCUUACUUUCUGGGUCUGGGUCUGUCUGCCUUCAGUUUGAGCGGGCUGCUCACAGGCCCGCUCUUUGGGAUCUGGUCGGACCGGUGCAAAACCACGAAGUCCAUCAUCCUUUUCUCCAAUCUCUUUGAGAUUGCCGGGAGCUUCAUGUAUUUUAUUGGAUAUUCAAAGUGGCUGUUGUUAAGCAGCCGUCUUGUAGCAGGUGUCGGUGCAGGAGCGGGGUCCUCCAUCUUUGGUUUCCUGACUCGGAGCACUCGGCCAGAUGAGCGCUCCGGGAUCUUUGCCGCGAUCAUGGCCUGUCGACAAGCGGGCCUCCUUGUCGGGCCGGCGUUCAACCUGUUCCUGCGGUUGUGCGAUUUCAAACUGGGGCCCUUUGUUGUGAACAAGUACACGUCUCCUGGGAUCUUCAUGUGCCUGUUGUGGGUGCUGCUCCAGUGUGUUGUCCUGGCUAUGUAUUGGGAUGUGCCCCCCAUCAGCUCAGAAGAAGGAGCCGAGAUUCUGGAGAUGAAACUGGAGGAGGAUGAGGAGGAGGUGCCACUGAUGGGGUCCAACGAGGAGCUGUCACACACCUACAGAGCCGUCAGCUCCGACCCAUUGGAGACUCCCGCCUCGUCUGAGAUGCAGCCCGCCCGUGGUGCCUCGAAGGCCUCAAACCCCUACAAGAACUUCAGUGCCAGCAGAGAGUUCCUGAGAGAGGAGGUGGUUGUUCUCCUCACGGCUCAGUUCAUCACUCUCUUCAAUCAGACAGCGCUGGAGACCAUGGUGACUCCCCUGACGCAGCGCUACUUUGGCUUCGGUGAGCUGGGCAACAGCCUGAUGUACGGCCUGUGUGGGGUGGAGGUCAUUCUGGGCUUCUUCUUUGUGCGCUGGCUGAGCAGGAAGGUGGCGGACCGCGUCGUGCUGGCCGUGGGCCUGGUCAUCUGCUCCGCCGCCUGUAUCUGGUCCCUCAUCUUCCUCUGCAACCUCCGAGGUGGUUAUGGAUGGGAGCUGACAGCCUUCAUCAUCGGAGUGUUUCUGCAGCUGCUCGGCCUUCCCUUCGUGGCCGUGUCUCAGGUGUCUCUGUUCUCCAAAGUCACAGCGGAGAAAACACAAGGCUUCAGCCAAGGUGUCAGACGCUCGGUUGGGGGCCUGGCCACCAUCUUGGGUCCUUUGUGGGCUGGGGGACUGACCAAUAAUCUGUACAUAAUGCUGGGCAUGAUGCUGGCUCUCCUCAUGAUGAUCACAGUUAUGGCUGCACUGUCCUACGACCGCCUGACUGAGCCCAGGGUGGUGCAGUGCGCCCAGAGCUCUGACAGCGGAGGAUAGAGGCGCAGUCCGUCUGGAGAGCAGGACAGGCAGAAGACGCGCAGAGGGAUUGCCCUUCACUGCUGAGAGAAUCUGGAGAAGUUUUGCUGCAGGCGAAAAUAUAUGAGUGUGGAAUAAAUAUGUUCAGUUAGUACGCUACCCCUCAGAACCCGUCAUUGAGGCGAGAACACAGGUCGCAGGUAAAAUACGAAGCAAUGCGUGAUCUCUGUUCAGACUUAUAAUAAUAAUAAUAAUAAUAAUAAUAAUAAUAUAUUUAAUUUUUAAAGCGCUUUUCAUGAACCCAAAGCGCUGGUACGAAACAAAACGAAACAAGAAAACAAACAGAGAAGAUUUGAUUAGGAUCUACCUCGUAUGCAUAUCACUAGACUAUUGAUUAUAUUUUACACAAGGGGGCACCAUUGCUUUCAUAUUGAAUAUUCAGAAGCACAAUUGAAGAUGAAAGCCAUUAUUUUUAGACUUAACUAUUUAUAUUCCCAGGUGUUGAUGGAAAGAUAAGAGAGCAGGUUUUCACCAUGUGACCCAUGUACCAAUUUUUUUUUUCUUAUUUCUUGUGCCGAGUCUUUCAUCAUCCUAAAAAAAACAACAACCCCAAAACAAUUGACACAAUGAGUGCAGAAGAGAAGCUGUCAACAUCUUAGACGCUGAUAGGAGAGGGUCAAAAAAAAAGAGAGGAGCUUUAAAGAUUCCUUGCUAUGUAUUUGUAGUGUUGGAGGAAAACUGUGCAUGUUUAUUGUUAAAAUGAAACACAAAGCCUCGACUGUAACAGAAGCAGUUUGAAAUUAUCUGGAUCUGUUCCUUCGUCUCUUACGUGGAACUGAGAAGCUCGUGAACGAAAAGCAAAUUUUCCAAAAAAUAUUUGCUACUUAUCGUUCUCUAUCUUUGAAAAGUUUAAUUUCCUGUAUUCAUAAUUCAAAACAGCAACUUGUGCGUAGUGUAUAGUCAGCUGUUCUUGCCGGUGUUCUCCUCUAGGAUGUGCUACAUGCUGCAUGCAUCUGCGUCUAACAGGAGGCUGCUGUGAGCAACAUCAAGGCAUUGUAGAUUCCCUUUGUACCAAUAAACGUGGA